GCUCAGAAGACACAAAAAACACCUCAAAAACCAGCCCCUGCAGUGGUUUCAGUUGCACCAGCUGUGAAGGAUCCGUUGGUCAAGAAGCCAGAAAUUAAGUUAAAACCUGAGACCCCACCAACUUUUCUAGCAUUCAAGAGAACAGAAGUCAAGACCUCAGCAGCAAUUUCAGGGAACUCGGCCAGUACAAGUGUUUCCUCUUCAGCAACCAGUGGCCUUACAGGAUGGGCUGCUUUUGCAGCCAAAACCUCCUCUGCCAAUCCAUCAACUGCCAAACUGGGAUCAACAGCACAGAGCGCCAGUGGGAAACCUGCAGCGUCUUCAAAUAACCAGAAACCAGUGGGUUUGUCAGGGUUGGCAACUUCCAAAACAGGACUAGGGUCAAAAAUAGCUUCUACCAACAACAGCGCAAACCCUGCUCAACUGAAACCUCCUCCACCUCUGACGCUGGGGAAGACCACCCUUAGCCGUUCGGUAAGCAGUGACAAUGUCAGCAAAGUAGGUCUUCCUAGUCCCAGCAGUACUGCACCGAGCACCAGCAGCCAGGUGAGCAGCGGGAAUGGCAACAGUGGGACUGCGGGUAACAGUGGGGGUAGCGCCAGCAAAGCCACGGCAGAUCCUGCGAAUCAGUCAACCUCCCUAAAAGGCCCAACUUCUCAGGAAUCUCAGCUCAAUGCUAUGAAAAGGUUACAAAUGGUCAAGAAGAAAGCUGCUCAAAAGAAACUCAAGAAGUAGUAUGGCUGCUUGCUAAUUUUGUUGGUUGUGUUCUGUGAAACAGCAGCAUUGGUGUUUUUCUUAAAGAAA